AUGGGUUAUUAUUGUACGGUUCCACAAUGCACGUCGUUGGCCGGUAAGACGAAGAACGUGAAAUUUCACCGUUUCCCCCGCGACGAUGCGAUGGCAGAGAAGUGGAAUGUUAUUCUCAAACGCAUGAAACCCAUAACAAAAUACUCCAAAGUGUGCAGUCUCCAUUUCACCCAAGCAGACUACAAUGUCACGGCAAUGGGUAAGAGCAAAGGGCAAUGGAAGACUUUAAGCAAGGACGCGGUGCCCACGCAAAACUUGCCUAAACUGAACCCUGACGGAACCGUAAUGGUCAUCCGGAAGAGUAGGUCCAGCGUCAAGUACAGGAGCGAAAAGAAAGAGGAUAGACUUAGUUCCAGUGAGGAGAAAAUGUCGUCCGCCGGAUGCCAAACGCAACGUGAAGCGAAUCCCUCAGUGGCGGUGGUCGUGGAUGAGAGACACAUUUCCAUACACACCCAGAACUCCAUCUUGGCAUACAGUCUGCAGGCCUUAAGUCCGUCGUCACCCAACGUGGCGGUCGGCGACAAACCGAAGAAGCAGGACGCGAUAAUGCAGACGGAUCCCCUGACGGACGACGAGAGCCCCGGGGACUAUGAGCACGUCAAAUACGAGGUGUAUCCGAACGAUUACUUGAAGGAGAAGGAGUACAUCCCGCAGACGGCCGAAGAGUACAACAAGGAGGCGGAGAAAUACGCCCUCGAAAGAAAGAGCAGCUCGUUCGAGAAGACAAUCGAUUACCAGACGAGCGGCGCCUUCGACAAGAACGUCGAAUACCAGAAGAACGAGGGGAGUGAAAAGAGUUACCGGAAGCAGUCGGAUUUCAAGAAGAGCAUAGAGUACGAAAAGAGUGAAGGUUUCGACAAGAGCGUCUCAUACCAGAAGAUGGACUACGAUCUCUAUUACCAGGACAGCGUGGAGAUGCUGCGGAAUCAGCAGCAGAAUCUGCAGCUAUUGCAAGAACAGCACAGGGUGAACGAAAAUCAGAAUUUCUUUGACGAAAAUCACAUAAAGCAAGAGGUGGAAUUUACAACAGAAGAAGAGAAAUUCUUCGACGGCAGCAAAGACAGAGUUGAAGAUUCGUCGAUAUACGAAGAACAACGCAGACUGAUAGAGCACACUAUACAGGGUGAAGUAAAACAAGAACCAGACACGAGCAAUAAUAAUGGUCACGAGAGUAUAAUGCAGCAACAGAACAGCACUUACUUCGCCCCGCACCAGGAAAUCGCAGCAGAGGCGAUGUACAGCGGUCGUCCGGGCCCGGAGCUCUUGAUCGCGAAGCAGAACGCCCUCGCGGCGCACACGCAACUCUGGCAGAACACAAUGAAGCGGCCAUUCUUCUACACCGAGAACAGCCACUAUAACGCGCCGCCACUGCUUCACAGAUACGAGGAUUUAUCCAGAAUCCUUCAGUGA